GUAUGAUAACAAAAUCGCAUGUAUUCACAUUAUCUAAAUCGAAAAUCUUACUAGUCAUAUACUCUAUUAUCAAUUUUGUGUCAUCUCCGAUAGCUUAAUUGAAUGUUUAUUAACAUUUAUUAAGGCACCUUACUUUAGUGUAUUUACAGAUAGUCCCAUUAUCUCCAUGAGCUGAAGCACUGCAAUGGAUCAAGAAACGGCGCAGAUUCUUUUCCGCGAAGGGGCAACUAUGGUGUGCCUUGAUGUCCCUGAAGGCACGGAAUUUGGGUUUGAUUACUCUUCUUGGACGGCUGGACCUCUGUUUAAGGGAGUAAAAAUGAUCCCCCCAGGAAUCCACUUUGUAUAUUACAGUGCUAGAAACAAACAAACAGAUGAAGUUGGACCAAGAACUGGAACAUUUAUUAAUUUUGAACAAAAAAGUGUGGUGGUUCGCAAGUGGAAUCCAAUUGCAGAAGAACUGACAGAAGAUGGUAUUAGUGCAGAUGAUGUCCAACGUAUACAGGACAAUCUUAAGGAUCUAGACAGAUUUCUUGGGCCAUACCCUUAUGAAGGAAAUGGGGGAAAACUACACACAAAUGAACAAUGGACAUACAACGGACAGUUACUAGAUAUUGUCGAAAGCUUUACUUACCUUGGUGUCAUAUUUAAGUACAAUUGUAAAUUCUUAGAAACAGAAAAAAAGUUGGCUGAACAAGGACAAAAGUGUCUUUAUACCAUGCUUUCUAGAACAAAAUAUUUGUAUUUGAAUAACGAAACAAUGUUGGCAUUGUUCGAAACAUACGUAAAAAGCAUUUUAUGUUAUGGUUGUGAAGUCUGGGGAUCACACAAGGCAAAUGAUAUUGACAAAGUUUUUAUGAAGUUUUGUAAGCGUUUAUUAGGAGUGAAAGCAAAUUGUAAUAAUGCUAUGGUUUACAUUGAAUUGGGAUGUAUCCCAUUAAGGUGUGUGAGAAUUAUUAGAAUGAUAAAGUACUGGUUUAAAAUACUUGGAACCACAAACUGUAUAUUAAAAUCCUGUUACGUAAAUCUUACCAUAGACUGUAAAGCCAAAAGGUCAUGCUCCAAUUGGGCAGCAUUUAUUAGAUCAGAAUUGUAUAGUAUUGGUCUUGGUGAAUUAUGGGAACACCAAGAAUACCUUGUGUUCCAAAAACAUUUUUCAAUUAUAAAGAAAAGAAUAAUAGAUGUUCAUUGUCAGGAAUUGUAUGCUGUUAUCAAUAACUCUCAAAAAUGUUAUAUUUUUUCACAUUUGAUAGAUAAUUUUUGCAUGCAGUCUUAUUUACUCAAACCUAUACCUAAGAAAUUUAGAAGAUGUAUUACAAAGUAUAGAUUAGAAUCUCAUUCAUUAGCAGUUGAGUCUGGAAGGUAUAAAAACGUUGCCAGAAAUGAAAGAAAAUGUAUUUUUUGUAAUCACAACGACAUUGAAGAUGUUUUUCACUUUGUGUUAAAAUGCCCACUUUACAAUUCACUAAGAUCAAGAUACAUUAAGAAUUAUUAUGUUAAAAAACCAUCUGUGUUCAAACUUGUUCAGUUAUUAAGUUCAAACAAUACCAAAGAGUUAUGUAACCUUGGUAAAUAUCUUCACUAUGCAACUAUGUUCAGAAAUUCAUUGCUCUAGUUAAAAUUAUACAAUUUUUAGCUCACCGAGACGAAGUCAAGGAGAGCUUAUGCUAUACCCUCGGCGUCGGCGUCCGGACCUGGUUAAAGUUUUUGUUGCAGGUCCUGUAUCUAAGCUAUUACUUGUCCUAUCUUCACCAAACUUGCAUGGAUGAUGCAUCUGGACCUACUUAUGGACUUAAAAGACUUGGAUGCUGAAUCUGGGUCCUAAAUUUCAGAUGCUGGAGGAGGUUAAGGUUGUUGGACCAGGUUCAAGUUUUUGUUGCAGGUGCCCUUUGAUAGCAGUAUCUUAGUUACUGCUGGUCUGUACUUCACCAAACUUGCAUGGAUGGUGUGCCUUAUGAUACUGAUGCACCAGACAGGCUUGAGUGCUGAAUCUGAGCUAUAAGUUUCGGAUGCUGGAGGAGGUUAAGGUUUUUGGAGCAGGUUAAAGUUUUUGUUGCUGGUGCCCAUUGAUAGCAAUAUCUAAGUUACUACUGGUCCUAACUUCACCAAACUUGUAUGGAUGAUGCGUCUUAUGAUACUGAUGCACCUGACAAGCUUGAAUGCUGAAUCUGAGCAAUAGGUUUCGGAUGCUGGAAGGGGUUAAGGUUUUUAGAGCUGGUUAAAGUUUUUGUUGCAGGUGCCCUCUGAUGAUUAUAUCUUAGUUACUACUGGUCCUAACUUCACCAAACUUGUAUGGAUGGUGCGUCUUAUGAUACUGAUGCACCUGACAAGCUUGAAUGCUGAAUCUGAGCAAUAGGUUUCGGAUGCUGGAGGAUGUUAAGGUUUUAAGAGCUGGUUAGAUAAAGUUUUUGAAACAGGUGCCCUCUGAUGAUGAUAUCUUAGUUAUUACUUGUCCUUACUUCACCAGACUUCCAUGGAUGGUGUGUCUUAUGAUACUGAUGCACCUGACAGGCUUGAAUGCAUAGUCUGGUUUCGGAUGCUGGAUAAAGUUAAGUUUUUAGGAACAGGUCACAUGUUUAAUAGAUGAUAGUACUAUUUCAAACUUGCAUAGUUGAUUUAACUGUAAUAUGAAUGAAUCGCAGAGGUAGCUUCAGAUGCAGAGCUUGAUCUCCAUUAUCAAGGAUGCUAAAAAAUAAAUCUUAGUUAUUACUGGUCCUAACUUCACCAAACUUGAAUGGAUGGUGUGUCUUAUGAUACAGAUGCACCUGACAGGCAUGGAUGCUGAAUCUGAGCCAUAGGUUGCGGAUGCUGGAGGAAGUUAAGGUUUUAAUUGCUAGUGCCCUCUGAUGAUGAUAUCUUAGUUAUUACUGGUCCAAACUUCACCAAAAUUGCAUGGAUGAUGCGUCUUAUGAUACAAAUGCACCUGAUGGGCUUGAAUGCUGAAUCUGAGCCAUAGGUUUCGAAUGCUGGAUGAGGUUGAGUUUUUUGGAACAGGUCACAUGUUUUAUAGAUGAUAGCUUGCAUAGUUGAUUUAACUUUAUUAUAAAUUAAAUGCAGAGGUUGCUUCAGAAGCAGAGCCUGAUCUUCAUUAUCAAGGAUGCUAAAGAAAUCUCCUACCUCACUCAAACCAGCUCGAUAGAUAGAUGUGUUUGUUGAUAAAUGAUAUAACAUGAUUCCUAUGAUAAAGUAUUGUAUGAUAUGAAACAAUAUUGUUUGAUAUGAUACAAUAUGAUAUCAUAUGUUAUAUUAUAAAAAGUCAUACGAUACGAUAUGAUAUUGUAUCAAUUUUUUUGAUAUUUUAUGAUAUGCUUAUGUAUCAUGAUAUUGUUAUGUAUAGUAUUGUAUAU